UCGAAUAUAUAGUGCAAUCUGCCUAUGACCGAGUGCCACGGGCGCACUAUUUAUCGAUGCAAUACGUGGGAGAGCAGAGCGAACAAUUCAUCAAGGAAUGCAAUUCCACCGAACAGGGCAAAUUUAUGUGGAAUUGCAAAUGACUUAUAAUCGUGCUGUGAUGGAUUGGAUUGGUUAGGAAAAGGCUUUUAUGAAGACCGCUGUAGGAAAUAAAAUUACCAUUUUCUUCAAGUCCUAAACGGGACGAGUCUUAAACUGCCUUGACAUUGAUAAUUUAUAGGUUAAAUUUGACAAACAUAUCAGAGUUACAGAAGUCAUAAAAAACACAACAUUUUUCUUCUGCCCUUUUUUUCGACCGAUCGGUGACUAAAUAAACAUUAAGCUGAGCAUGCGUGUGAUGGACUGCCGUCCGGCUUAUUUCCGUGUGUCGGUAGGGCUGGCAACGCAACGGCAAGGAGGGGUUACAUUUUAGCACCUUUUCAGGGUAAACGCGCAGCGAAGAACGGAUAUAAGAUUUCGAUACUCCGUGACGGUAUUCUUCAGUUGGACUCUAGAAGCCGGAAGAUUAGAACGUGAAAAUCUACUACAGUGAAGUGAAACUUUCGUCGAAAAAUCAAACGAACCCGUAGUGAGUGUGAUUUUGUUAAUAAUAGAGCAGCACGAUGGUGAAUCAUUUUAUAAUGUCGAAAACCUUGGAGGAAUCCCCGAACGCCCACAUCAACAAAACCUUGCUGGAUAAGUACAGGAGCUUGCCGAUGCCAGAGGGCAAGGUAAUAGCUACUUACAUCUGGAUCGACGGAACGGGCGAAAACGUUCGCUGCAAAGACCGCACACUGGACUUUAUUCCGGAUAAACCAAGUGAUCUACCCAUUUGGAACUAUGACGGUAGCUCAUGCUACCAGGCGGCCGGCCACAAUUCGGAUGUUUAUCUGCGCCCAGCAGCCAUCUAUCGAGAUCCAUUCCGGCGCGGUAACAACAUUCUCGUGAUCUGUGAAACCUAUCGCUUCGAUGGUACACCAACCGAAUCCAAUAGGCGCAAAACGUGCAAUGAAGUGUGCGAUAAGGUUGCUGUCGAAAAGCCCUGGUUCGGAAUAGAACAGGAGUACACGCUGCUGGACAUUGACGGUAGACCACUAGGAUGGCCGAAGAAUGGUUUUCCCGGUCCUCAGGGACCGUACUAUUGCGGAGUCGGUGCGGAUAAAGUUUACGCCCGUGAUAUUGUGGAUGCCCAUUAUCGGGCCUGUCUUUACGCCGGCGUAAAGAUUUGCGGAACCAACGCCGAAGUUAUGCCUGCACAGUGGGAGUUCCAGGUUGGACCCUGCGAAGGAAUUUCGAUUGGAGAUGAUCUGUGGAUGGCUCGAUUUCUUCUGCACAGAAUUGCUGAGGAGUUUGGAAUAAUUGCCACACUCGACCCGAAACCGAUGACCGGUGAUUGGAACGGUGCCGGUGCGCACACUAACGUGUCGACCAAAGCGAUGCGUGAGGACGGUGGAAUUGUGGAAAUCGAGAAAGCCAUCGCCAAGUUAUCGAAGCACCAUGAACGCCACAUCCGCGCGUACGACCCACACGGUGGAAAGGACAACGAGCGCCGUCUGACUGGAAAGCACGAAACUAGUUCGAUCCACGAUUUUAAUGCCGGAGUUGCUAAUCGUGGAGCUUCAGUGCGAAUUCCACGAGGCGUUGCUGAUGAGGGUAAAGGCUAUUUCGAGGAUCGUCGGCCCAGCUCCAACUGUGACCCGUACGUUGUCGCGGAAGCUAUUCUCAGAACAAUCUGCUUGGAUGAGUAGGACCCGAUCGAGAUCGGUCCCGGAUAACCAACCGAUAGUUAUUUGUUUUAAAAUAUGACCGUUUUAGCUUUAAGUAUAUGUUAACCUUUACGAACAAUUCCAUAUGUGUAACAAAGAAUAAUUUAUGAUUUCAACUGUAAACUGUUGUUGUC